UCAAACGUUCACACGUUUUCUUGGCGUUGUUUGUCGUCCGGUGUUAAAUUUUUAACAGUUUUAUCUUUAUUUCAUAAAAUGUAACGUUGUGCUUGUGUCCGAUGCCCAUCUAUCAACUUUCAUCCAAUAUUGCCAAAAACAAUAAAAGAAACAUGUAGGCGCGAACAAUAGGAGAAUAAAAUGUUUGCAAUAGCCACAUUAUUUACAUCCAUAUGACAUAGAACUAGACAUAUGCAAUAAAUGGAUCACACUUAGAAACACAAUAAUGGCUUCACCCACCCAUUUGGAUUCAGCUAGCAAGACAGACCAGAGCAAAAAGCUGACAACAAUUGAGAUAGUUGGCGGCAUUCACUGUCACAUCUGCCAGUCAACCUUCCAGAACAAAAAGGAUUACGACACUCACUAUGUGAAACACGAGGGCAACAAAGCAGCCAUAGUGUACACAUGCGUAGUGUGCAACCAGAGCAUUUCCGGCUACCCCAGCUUCCGAGGCCAUUGUUACACAAAGCAUGUUAUAAAAAGUAAAUUCAAGUGUGAUCACUGUUAUAAAGAGUUUUCAAAAUUUAUAGCUCUAAAGGAACAUAUCAACACGCAGCAUAAUUUCAAUUGCCGUUCAUGCAAUAAAAAUUUUAAUUCAAAAAAAGAAUGGCAGAUCCAUCAGAUAGUUCACAAUACCGACAAUCCGCCGUACAAUUGUCAGUCGUGCAACAAACAAAUCAACAGUGUGGACAGCUGCGAGGACCACAUCAGCUUGCAUUCCUCCUUCAUAUAUAUGUGCCCCAUCUGCGGUAAAAACGAAACCAAAAAACAUGAAGCAGUCAUACAUCUUAGACAGCACUUCAAAGAUGAAGAAAUUAAUGAAAAUAGCUUAAACGUUGAAGAAAUACCUCCCGAUGAUAUCAUAGAAAAUCUUGGUGGUAUAUCAUGCUGCAUUUGCUUCACCGUACAUAAAAAUCGUUUAGCUUUUGACGCUCACUUCUCUUUAAAACAUGGCGAACUGGACAUUGUGUACACUUGUAACAAAUGCGAAAAACAAUGUGAAAAGUAUUCUAUAUUUGCUAACCACUGCUACUACCAUUAUAUGAAGAACAGAUUCAAAUGUGAUCAUUGCUUGAAGACCUUCGCCCGUCCAUCAUUGCUGGCGGUUCAUACAGAGGCGUACCACGGCGCACGCGCACACGAACCCACGGAGAAGCCUUUUGCGUGUGCGCGUUGCGAUCGCCGCUUCGCCACACAACGAGCCAUGCGCACACACCUACGCGAACAACACGACAUCACAUGUGUACCCUGUCCACAUGGCUGCGACGAUAUUUUCCAAACACCGAAAGAGCUAACCUUGCACCUGCUUAGCCAUGACGAGUCUCAGAUGCGAUGUCGUGUAUGCGGUCUACUCUUCACAACGCUGUCGUCCUGUGAGAAGCAUUUAGAAGCUCACAGAAAAACUAUACACAAGUGUCCCAUAUGCAACAAGAAUUAUGGAGAGAAGCACAUGGUGAGAAAACACAUCUCAAAGCACUUUGAAACCGUCAUCCACAUCUGCAAAGUUUGCGGUAAGAUAUAUAACGCCAAGAACCGACUGGUGGAGCACAGCAAGACACAUGCAGAGGUUAAGGAGCACACCUGCAGCCGUUGCGGCAAGGGCUUUUCUGGACGGCAGCACUUGCAGCAGCACAUGAACACGCACGCCGGUCUCAAGCCUUACAAGUGUGACGCUUGCCCAAAAACCUUCGCCAGCUAUCCCAAUUGGAUGAAACAUAUGCAAAGAAUACACAAUAUUAAAGGUAAACUAAAGAAAGUGAACGAAGCCCCCCUUGAAUCUAAUAGUGAAAAUUCAACAGAUGUCAGUGGAGCACAGACUAGCCCCAUUAAUACAAUAACCUCGGAGACAUCAGACAUAAACAUAGAUGCAGAGGCUGAGACAAACAAAUCUGUUUCCGAUGACAGCACAAUGGAGUCUGACAGUAUUGAUCCUGUGGCUAUAGAAAAUGACAUGCAAAUAUUCGAAGCCGCUGACAUGUGCACCGAUGUGUUGGCCGAGAGCACCAGUCUGUUCACUCCAGAAUCCAUAGACGAGUGUUUGGUAACGGAGAGCUCGUCUACUGGCGACUAUCCUCGCGAAUACGGACCAGAAUUCAACAGUGGCCUUGAGGGCGAUGGCUUCGGCUUUAUAGACCUCGAGGAGCGCGAUCUGCCACACAUAGACCCACGUCUUACAGUCCGCCUCGCGCAUCAACCGCACCAGCCGCACCAUGCCGCGUAUGUACCCGCGCAUCAUCACACGUACACACCUGAGUACGUACCCGUGUACGUACCCGAAUACGCACCUACACACGACACAAAUGUACACACGGACGCAAAUUACGAGCCCACCAAGUGGGAGCCUCUCAUUACCAAAGUAUACAACGAGUAUGCAUACGGUGACAACUUGCUGUCCCUCAUGAACACAGAUAUAUAUUGAUACGGUUUACAUAGUUAUAUAUAUAUGUAGACCGGGCGAUUACCCGCAACUACCUCACAGGAACGUUUAUGUACCUCAGUAACCCAUAGGAAGUAUUUUAAUGUUGAUAUAAUAUACAUUUAUAACAUAUAUCCCACCAAACAUUAGAAAUGUAAACAUAUUCAUAAUGUUGCUACCUCAUUUAGUUAAGAUAUUUUCUUUACUCUUGCUCGUUGAUGAGACCCGAGGUACUCUCGGGUCGUUUGCUGUAUGUUUUGUAUGAAUUUUCUUGGCAUGUGUAUGAAUCGUGGGGGUAAAUGGUUUGUUUUAUGUUUGGGACUAGUUGUACUUUUGGAUUAUCGACG